CCGCGCUGAGGGGGAGCGGCCGUUGGUGCCGACGGUUUUCCCGUUCGCGACUGCCGUGAGGCCUCCUCGGUGCUUGGGUGGCGCGCCGGGGAUGUGUGUCUCGUUAGACGGAGUUGCCGGUGUCUGGGAGCCUUCUGGGCGCUCCCCGGCCCCGUUGCUUUCCCUCUGAGGGAGAGGUAAACUGUACGUGAGAUGAAUAUUGUAACGUGGGGUAGCCCCAAGCAGGAAAACUGAGGCACCCAAAGCCGGAGAGUUGUCCAAAACAUUAAGUARAAAUUGCUUUUCAUCUGAAGAUGGAAGAACCAGAGUUUGAUAAAUCGCCUUCUCUGUGCAGUACUCCAAAGGACUCUGAGACAACAUCUCUGCAGAGCACUAGUUYAGGGAAACAGCCAAUGAGUGCAGCUUUGAGGGAGCGAUUAAGGAAAACAAGACGUUCCUUUAAUGCUAAUCUUACAGUGGCAAAAAGACUCAAAAUAGACACUGAAGAAAAAGACUGUGCCAAUUCUGACAAAACUUGUGUAUUGAAGAAUGCAGAUUUUUCCAGGUUACAAGAUAGUCCUGAAAGCCUGGAAAGAAACAGCCCUGCACAUGYCUGUUUCAAAAGUUCCUUACAGAAAAACACUCCCUGUGAAUCAGCAGAGAAUUCUUGUGUGCUAAGGACUAAUCUUAAUCACCAACAAUCCCUGGAAGAGAAAGCACGGCUCAUGAAGCAAGUGCAGGAGAAAGAAGAUCUACUUCGAAGACUCAAACUGGUCAAGAUGUACAGAUCUAAGAAUAACCUGUCUGAACUGCAGGCUUUGAUAGUGAAGUGGAGAAGCAGUACUCAGCUGAUGCUUUAUGAGCUGCAGUCGGCCUUCUCUGCAGAUGGCAAGAAAGUCAGUCUCACUCAGCUGAUAGAUAAUUUUGGAUUAGAAGACAAGUUAUUACACUACAGCAGAACAGAAGAAGACUUUGUAGACACAUAAUCUACAAUUGCAAAAUUUUAAGUUACAAAUGUAUACAUGUGGAAAAGACUGAAUAUAAACUUUGUGUAAGAAGUGUGUUAUUCAAACUAGUAGACUUUAUGCUUUGGCAGAUUUUCCUAUGAGGCAUUCAUAAAACUAUGUAUGUUGGUAUGGYAGGCACUGUAGAAGGCUUUAAUUUGUACAAAAGACUUAUUGCCUGUUUUGCAAAACCUGGCUUGGACUUGAUCAGUGAAUAGCUUUUUUUUUAAUAAUCAAGUAAUAGUUUAAUGGAUAGUCUUUGAUUAUCCUGAAAUAAUGAGCUCAAAUUAACUGUCAUUUCUGUUGAUAUUCAGAUGGGGAAGUGUUCAGUUCUUUGUUUGCACUUACUUCAAAUUUCUUGCUGCUGCCUGUCAGUUACUUGUACUGUUUGCAAGUUAAGGAUAAAUCAGUUGUAUAUAGUUAAUGCUCUGAAGCUGCAAUGAGUUAUUCUCCUAGCUUUAGUGAGGGGAAAUGUGCCCUAAUGCAGUAGUUUCUAGUCACUGGUCUAGAUGCCUCUCUCUUGGGAAACUGCCUCUAAAGCAUUCUGCUGCAGUCUGAAAUAAUGGGAGUGAAGAAAAGUGCAAACAUCUCCMUUCUGCUGCCUCAGGUGACAGUCAAUGCUUUUUCUCUCUGUAAGUAUGCAGGAAAAACAGGCCUCAUCUAAUGGGACUACUUCAAUUGCGUGUCAUUUACUUCUCUGUGGUAAAGCUGAAUAAAGCUUUAGUGUUUCAUUUAUCAUGAUGCUUGAAAUGUU